AUGGACAGACCACGGCACAUUGAGGACUUGGCAGAUGAACUGCUCAGCGAAAUUCUCUCGUUUCUGUUGAGACCAGAGCCGCGGCCGUUUAACUUUCUGCCGGGCUUAACUGCUCCGUACACUCUGAGUAGCUCUACUAGGGGCUUGCCCUCGGAAGCCAAUAGCGAUCUGGACAGAUUCCGACUCGUCAACAAACGGUUCAUGCGCAUCGGCACGCCCCAAAAGUUUUCUCGCUUUGUUGUCCGUUUCUCUGAAGAAGGUUUCAGGCGGUUGGAGCAUUUGCUGGACAUGCAGCUGGCCUGUUAUGUCCGACAUUUUACGUAUAUGGUGCGACCAUUUUACCAAGGAAGCGGCUGGCCGCAGGUUCUGAGUGGUGUCGGCAUUGACGAGUACCGUGUUCCAAUUCCUGUGUUACGCAGUCGUUUGAAGGACCAGAACUCCCUGACGAGAAUAAACCGUGACCAGGCGCUUUUACAACGCGCAUUUUCUUCAUUUACGUCACUGAAGCAGGUCAAGUUACUGCGGCUGGUAGACAAAACGGACGAAAACUUGGAAAAAUGCAUUCGCGGAGGCCCUUUAGAGGGGACGGUAGUCCUAGAUUGGGAGACAGCAUGCACCCGCGCAAUCACCAACUUGGGCAUCGCUCUAUCAGAAUCCCCCUGCAAACCAAUCCAAUUUUACACACCGCACACCCACACCAUCACCCGCAAGAUGACAACAAAGCUAUUACAAGUCCCGUCCACGCUAUUUCCCGCCAUAGCUUCACGACUGACAAGCCUAGACAUCACUUUCGACCCCAUGACCGACGCAAACACCAACAUAAGAGCCCUGUCCACCCAGUUCCACGCCUUCUUCAACGCCGCCGCAAACCUAACCUCCCUCCACCUAUCCUCUCUAACUUACCAACCCCUCCCUAUAGACCACGUCAUCCCCUCAACCCUCCAUUUCCCCCGCCUCCACACCCUCAGCCUAGAAAGCUGGAUAAUGAACGCAGAAGACCUCACCUCCAUCAUCCGGCGCCACAGCCACCGCCUCCGCGAGUUCAAACUACACACCGUCCACCUCCUAGACGGGCGGUGGAAAGACGUGCUAUCAGUCCUGCGUUAUGAAAUGGCCGUCUUGCAACGUGUGAGCUUGGUACAUGUUAACUAUUCUCGGAUGCCUGGGCGGGAUUAUGAACAUGGUAACGGUCGGGUUAAUUGGUUGGGCAUUACGCCGGGGGAGUUGAGGGCGAGGACGGUUGAUGAGUUGGGUGAUGAUGGGGUUAGAAUCAAUAGUGACCAAGCUUGGAUUUGGGCGAAGUGGGUUAUGUCAAGGCCGUGGUAG